AUGGCCAAGAGACAAAGAGCAGGCUCCCACUCUAGUGGUGACGUGGAAAAAGUGUCUGUUUCGGCUGCAACUUCAGUGAGAGAGGAAAAUCCGUCAUCUACUGACGCCAAUUCUUCUAUUGAUGCUAAGGCGGAGAAGCAAUCGCUGCAUUCUCCUCAUGAUGAUGUCUAUAGCAAGGGUGUCGAAAAUGGUGAUGAUGGUGAUGAUGGCAGUGAUUUGGAGAAAUCUAAUGAUAGGAAAGUUGAGUCAAGUCAGUCUAAAGAUAGGAAAAAUAUAAAAAGGCAAAAAAUUUCUUCUCAUGAUAUUCAGGUUGCAAGGGAAACAGCUGAACUAUUCAAGUCAAACAUUUUUAAGCUCCAAAUUGACGAGUUGGUCAGAGAGCUGAGAUUGAAGGACUCGCAUUGUAUUUUAAUAGAAAAAGUCCUCCAUAAGUUGAAUAAUAUUAUCCAAGAGGUCCCAAAUUCAGAUCGCUUCUCAUUGGAAGAAGCUUAUGCGUAUUUUGAAGACACCAAUGUAAAGAUCCCCUUCCCCGACCCAAAACCCUCAUCUUUAAACUAUAAACUGCAGUAUACCGCUCCAGAUGACGUAUCUUUAAUUGGUUCAUUUGGCUUGAAAACUGCAACAAAACAGAAAUCGGGCAUGUCGAUUGAUGUUUGUCUAACAAUGGGGAAAUCUUUGAUCCAACCAAAAGACUAUUUGAACUACAGAAUACUAUACAAGCAAGCGUUUUAUUUAGCUUAUUUGGCACAUCAUUUGUCCAUCAAGGCACCUGAAAAUAAUUUGCCCAUAAUUGUCAAAUUCGAUUAUCAUAAUGGUAACACUUUAAUUCCUUCCUUAAUCAUUAAGAGUGAUCCAACUUCGGAUAUUUCCAAGCCUCUACUAUUCAAUAAAACCAAAUUUGAAAUUAGAAUAUUGAUUGGGUUGCCAUUUGGGAUUUUUGAAAGCAGAAAGUUAUUACCGGAUAGAAAUUGUAUCAGAAUCCAAAACUCUAAUGUGACAUCAAAUAACGAUUUGCCUCCAACACCACUAUACAAUGCCUCGAUUUUAUCGACUUCAACUUAUAACUAUUAUCUCAAAUACUUAUAUACUACAAGAAAGUCAACCGAAGCUUUUAAGGAUGCUGCUGCUUUAGGUCGGUUAUGGUUGUCUCAACAUGGAUUCUCCUCCAAUAUCAACCAAGGUGGCUUUGGUCAUUUUGAAUUUAAUAUUUUAAUGGCCGCUCUUUUGCAAGGUGGUGGUAUCUCUGGUAACAAGAUCUUGCUCCAUGGUUAUUCAUCAUAUCAGUUAUUCAAAGGUACCAUCAGAUAUUUGGCAACUCAAGAUCUUUGUGAUGAUGGUUACCUUUCAUUUACAUCUCUCAUCGAUGAAAACAAGUCGGUAUAUAAGAAAGCAGGUUUCAAUGUUCCAACAAUUUUUGAUAAAAAUACUAAGAUCAAUUUACUGUGGAAAAUGAACAAAUCUUCUUACUCAAUACUGAGGAAAUAUGCAAUCGAAACUUUGGACCUAUUAAAUGAUUUGGUAAUUGAUAGGUUCCAUCAAGUUUUCCUCAUCAACAAUUCAAAUCUAAAUUUGAAGUACGAUUCCAGUGUUAUGAUCCCAUAUUCUAAAUUGAUCGAAUUGAAUGAGGACAAAUUUGGCUCCCUGGAGAAAAUUGCCUAUGUAACAUUAGAAAAUUAUUUGGCACAUAAAAUCUACAAAAUCCUGAUCGAAGCUUUAGAUAAUAGGAUCUACCAAAUUGAUAUUAGGUGGAGUGAGAACUCUAAGCCUUGGUCUCUAAACAAACGAAAACCAAACAAUAAUGCUGAUGAUCUGUAUCUAGUUGUUGGUUUAUUUUUGAACCCAAGUGAAUCUGAUAAAAGGGUCACGAAAGGUCCAUUACAUACGGAGAAAGAGUUGGGUGAAAAAUUCGUUUCUUUUUGGGGCUCUGAAAAGGCACAAGUGAGAAGGUAUCUGGACAACACAGUCCAGUGGAGUUGCCUAUGGGAGGUAUCUCCCACUGAUUCAGUUGUCUUGACAAUUGUCAAAUAUAUCUUGGAUAGACAUCUCUCAACCUCAACCAAUGAAUCACAUAUGCUAUCAAAGCAUCUGGUUGUGAAUUCCUCCAAAUUCACCUCAUUACUUCCACCUCCUUUAAUUCCUCAUAAUUUACAAUCUCAGCCUUUGAUUCUGCCAGAACAUUUUAUUAAACUCAAAGCUGCUUUUGAAAACACUUCCAAGGAUUUGACUGAUUUAAAUUUACCUUUACAAAUCAGAAAUGUUCUUCCGAUUUCCCCAUCUCUAAGAAAUACUUCAAUUGUAUUACCCGUUCCAUUUGCCACAGGUAAUCCGAAUUUUUUCAACGAAUGUAUCAUCCAAUUUGAGACUACACAUCGUUGGCCUGAGGAAAUCAAAUCCUUAGAAGAUACGAAAACUGCUUUCUUAUUAAAAAUUUGCAAUGAAUUAUUGCAAACUAAAAGUAAUUAUUACAAUGCAUACAUCGUGAAGGACGAAUCAUCCGUACCUUAUAACGAUUCGAUCAAGGUUUUGAGAGUUUUAACUAAUGAUGGUUAUGGAUUUCAGUUCAGAAUAGUCACAAAUAAUGAUGAGUUUUUAUAUCUAAAGGCAAUUGAACAGGCAUCCAAAUUAACUAGCGGUCCUUCCCAAGUUUUCACAAUUGAAAAUUCAUACAUUAGGUUUAUGCAAAAGUAUAUAUCAUCUGUUAAGCACCAUCGUAGUAUUGCUACGUUGGUCACUCACUUCCCUUACUAUUCGGCUACUGUCAGGUUGUUUAAAUUGUGGUUAGAUUCUCAAAUGAUAUUGAGUCAUAUCCCGGAGGAGGCUAUCGAGCUGAUUGUUUUACAACCUUUUAUUGAUCCAGCUCCUUAUGGUGUGCCAGGCAGUGUGAUGGCUGGUUUUUUGAGGGUGCUAAGGUUCCUAGCUAACUGGAAUUGGAAGGAGGAUCCUUUAAUUCUUGAUUUAUCCCGAGAAUUCAACUCAAAAUAUAGGGAAGAAAAAGAUUCUUAUGUUGAUAAAAUAAGUGAUAAAAUAGAUUUGCAUACCUACCAGAGUAUGAAUAAAUCCUUUGCCAAACUUAGAGAGCACGAUCCUCAAGGUGUGAAGGUACCAUAUUUCAUCGGUACUAAAGAAGAUAUAUCCGGUAAAACAUGGACUCAAGGAAUAUCUUUGGUAAUUGCCUCUAGAUUGACAUCGCUAUCAAGGGUUGCGCUUGAUGUUUUAACCCGGGAUGACAAAAAUUAUGAAAUCAAGGAUAGUUUACUAAAAUUGAUCUUUACCCCUGCUUUAAAGGAUUACGACAUAGUAAUUAAACUAUCUUCAACUACCUUAAAUCAUAAAAAAUUACGUCGGUUAACCGGUAUCAUGCCAACGAACGUUAAAUUUAAAAAUCUUGUUGAUUCAAUCACGGAGUUCGAGGAUACAAACCAAGUAACAGAUCCUGUCUUAGCGUUCUAUAAUGAUCUGGUUUCAAGAUUUGGUGAAGUUAUAGUUUGGAGUAUUUCCAAAUUUGAUGGUGUCUCUGAUGCCAGUGAGAGGGUAAUUACAGGAUUAAUCGUUCCAGGCAAUACUUGUAGGAAGUUUAGGGUUGGUAUUGGUUAUCCUAUGAAGCCGACCAAGGAAGAUGGUAAAAAAGAGGUAGUGGCUCUUGACAUUGAUGAUGUAUUAAAAAUAUGUGCUACCUUAGGUGGCGAUAUGAUCAAGUCGAUUGAUGUCAAGAAAUAG